AUGGUGAUGAAGUGCUAUGCUUUGCUUUGUGCUUUUGUUUAUGUGUUUUCUAAUGGAUCCCGAUUUUCGUUCCAAUUAGGGAUUGCACCAACGGAUCAGGAAGGGGAAUUAAUUGGAAGACCCGAGGAGAAGCCAGGAAAACAAGACCAGGAAGAAGGACAGGAUCUAGAAGAUAACGUUCCAAACCAAGAACAAGAUGAAAUUGAUUACACCUACGUCAGCAGAGAUGAGGUGCAAACGGUAGCGGAUAAUGCAGCGCUUGCGAGAAUGAGGGACUUCGCACGUCGUCUAGAAGUGCUGGUUUACAAAAAUGACCCCAAAGAGAUGAAAAAAGUUCUAGACAAGCGUGAUGAUCAAGCAAAGGUCGAGUUCAUCAAAAAGAUUGUUGAGCACCCGUGGUGGGCAAAACAGUUUAAACUGUCCGAAAGUGAGCGCAACAAGUUGUGGAAAAAAAUGAAAAUAGUGCUAAAUGGAAGGGUAUACAGAAGGAAAUCAGAAGAAAAGAAAAAGGCAGAAAAGGGGAUGGAGGUGACACCGGUACGGGAGAGUGACUCGGAGGCAGAAGAUUAUGCUGAAUUCGACAGAAUAAGAGAUGAUGAUGACGCAGAUGUCUGA